AUGUGUCGGGCACACCUGGGGACCGGCAGCCACCUGCGAGGCCCCAGAUGCAGACACGGGAUCCCCCGCCCCGCCCCCCGCGCUUCUCCCCGCCCCCCGGCACUCCGCGCGGCCUCCCAAGUUUCUUGGAACUUUGCCUCCCGUGACGCACGCGGUGGUGCAGCGCCCCGUCCUCUCCUCUCAGCCAAUGGGCGCUGGGGGGCCGGGGCGGCCGCCAAUCGGCGGCGGAUGGACAGUUCCCGGGUCCUGACCGACCUUCACCACCCGGGCCUGCGGUGGGUCGGCGGCGCGGGCGCCCAGUCGCAGAAGCAGUGCAAGAAAUCGUCCUUUGCCUUCUACCAAGCGGUGCGCGACCUGCUGCCCGUCUGGUUCCUGGAGGACAUGCGGACCAUGGAGGUCUUCCACUGGGAGGACGGGGGCAAGGUGAGCCUCUACUCGCCCUCCGAGGCGCUGCUGUACGCCCUGGUGCACGACCACCAGCCCUACGCCCGGCACCUGCUCGCUAAGUUCCCGCAGAGCGUGCUGGCCGCGCCCAGCCAGAACUUCAGCUGCUGCCAGGCCUCGGCCCCUCACCUGGCCAUGGCCGUCCGCUACAACCGCGUCCGCGUCCUCUUCCGCAUCCUCAAGGCCGUGCAGGCCUUCCCGCCGGCCGAGCGGGCCGCCCACCUGGACCGCCGGGGCUGCAGCCGCGUGGAGGGCGGCAAGACGGCCCUGCACCUGGCCUGCGAGCUGGUGCGGCCCGAGUGCCUGCUGCUGCUGCUGGGGCACGGCGCAUCGCCUUGCCUGCACGACGCUGUGGGGAACACUCCCCUGGACACCCUGCUGCAGCAGGACCUGCGGUUCGCCAUGAAGCAACAACUGCUGGACGACCGGCAGCGGUGGCAGGACUUGCUGGGGGAGAGCCGGUUCCGCUGCCUGGUGGGCCUGGCUCCCCCAUCGCUGUUUGUAGGAGCCAUGCGUGUCUUGAUCAGGACCAUUGCACCCGAGCACUUCCCCGAGGCUCUGGACGAUCUGCCUCUGCCGCACUUCCUAAAGCCUUUGGACUUGAAACUGGAGAGCUAGAGGGGAUCUCCUGCCUGAAAGACUUGUGCUGGAAACGUCCCGGUGUGCAAAGCUGCCCCUGCGGCAGCCAAGUACCUGUUUUAAUUGGAACUGUCUUUUUUAAAACAAUUGUAUUUGGCACUUUACAAUAUAUUUUAUUUAAAGAUCCUUUUGGUGAGGUGAGGUCUGUACCGCGUUUUAUAACAACAUUACACAGCCUGUACAAAUGGAUAUGGAGAAGAAUACAUUUGUAAAUAUGUCUAAAUAAACCAGCAGCAGACAUGAUCCAAAGUA